AUGGAGAAGCUUGAGAUGCCAAUUCCAGUGGAGGACGACCGUCCUUGGGCAGAGUUCCCUACAGCUGAACGGCGCAAGGAUCCUUUCUCUGGCACGGUCCUUGGGCCGUUCUCCUUUUGGUUUGGCACUGGGGUGGUGUCGACGUGGUUCUACGACAUAGAGAAUCGAUACAGGUCUCAGAACGGUGUCCUGUUGGACAGACCGUCGAGCGACAACAUUCUGGACCUAGACAGUGCUAUGGCCAUUUGCAUGGAGUUCAAGCGCAAGGUUGAGAUGAUGACACAUGGAACCGUCGAUGAAACUUCCGAACGAAGUGAUGACUCGGACCAGGAUGUCGGCGAAGGGAGCCGAAUCUCGAGAGAAGACGAGAAAACCCCACUGCGAGGACGAGGAAGCCAAGCCGAUCCCAACAUCCAAGUCAACCGUUUGCCUUGGAAUCUGGUUAGCUUCGUGACGCGCACCAUCCAGCUGGUCUGGCUUGGUCUGGGCAUCUUAGCCAUUCUUCGCGAGACCAAGACGCAUAUCUUUGACUGGCAAGUGUCGCAUAUCGUCGAAGAACGACGACUCGCUGCUGUGCAGGUCCCUGAACUCGUCUUCCAGCCGCUCAACAUUUCCUGGCCGUAUGGACGGUUCUUUAGUCCGGAAGCUGUGUCGUGCCAGCCAAAUGGCGGGGUCUUCGUUGGCUCUACCUUUUCUCAGUACACGCUCUUGGAUUUGGAAGACCCAAUUCAACUCUUGGAAAUGCCAUCCCAGGACGUUCCCGCCAGUUGGCGGCUCGUGUGCGACAAAAGCGGUCUGGAAUGUUUAUGGAUCGAGCAGCAAGAUGAGAUGCUGACCCUGCUUCACGCAAACCGCACCGCCGGAGUCGAGGGCCCCCUCACGGUCGAGCUGGGUGCUACAGUGGGGAGUCGCCACCGGUUUCUGGCUGGGUCGCUGGUUCCUUGCGCAUCGCUGGAGCAAGAUCUGCAUCCCAAGACAACGUCCAGAUCCUGUCUCCUCUUGGUGCUGGGAGAUGGUACCAAUGAGAUCAGCUUCGCAACAGUCGUGCUGCCGAGGACGCAGGAGGAAGUGAGCUCUCUCAAAAUGAGACUGACGCUUCGCUCACAGUUGGCGCUAGAGCUGAAGAACACAACCUCCAAGCAGGACCCCAGCGCAGCACCUGAGCAGGUGGAUGCUGUGUAUUUGGACGUCGUUCAGGAAGGGCGGUUGUGGAUCUUGGUCUCAAGUGGUCGACUGGAGCUUUGGGACUUCAUUGGCAGCCGUCGCCUGAGAAGCUUUGGACUUCCAAAAGGCUUCCGAGGCUCUGGCCUUUGCACUCGCGAUCGCGAUGGACUACUGCUCAUCGCUGGUCGCAUGCAGCAGCUUCCCGUCGUCCAGCAUUACGUCAAGUUCCCAGGCUUUGAGGGUGUACCUGCUGGCCUUGGAGCUGUGACGACCGCGCCCGGCACAUACGGCUUCGUGGCCCUCUUCCUGCUGAGCGGGGCCAUGGAGCUCGGUGUUUGGACCCAGGAUCCCAGCAAGGAGGCCGGCGACUUCGGCGAUCCCCUUGGUCUUGGCCAGUACAACGAGGAGAUGAGGGCCAAGGAGAUCAACAACGGACGUUUUGCCAUGCACUACGACAGAUGCUGCAUGUUCUGGUCCGAACUCCAAGUCCUCGAUGAGGCACUCCAGGACCUGAUGGGAGUCACCUGCUGCCUGAACCGCUUGGGUGUGGGACUGCUCGGUCUGGUGCGGCAGUCCCCGGCUUGCAAUCUUUGCCAGUCCGACCUGUCCGUCGUUCAUUUUCCGGACGCUGACCCCGCCGAGAUUCACGCGCGAGUAUCUGUACACCUGGUUCCCCACACAGCUGGGGAGGAUCAUGCACGCUUCGUGAGAGUCCAGCUGGUGCUAGACGUUCCGCGUGGCUACCCCCACAAGCCGGUACAGCUGGCAUUGGGCUCUUCGCGAGGUCUCCCAGACUCAAGAAGUGAAGGCUUAGUCUCCCAGCUGAGAGCUGCGUCUGAUGAGCUGUGCGGGCAGCCUUCGCUGUACGCGCUUCUUCAGGCAGCGCAAGAUAUCUUGACGGAUUUGAACGUGCCGAGCGGUGACUGUGCGAUCUGCCUCGUGGAUUUCAAUAUGGACGAGGCUGAUCCCGCGGUGCGAACUCCGUGCUACCAUGCCUUUCACCGUUCGUGCUUAUCUAGCUACUGGUGGACGGAGUGGGAAAAGCAGCUGGAGCCUUUGAGCCUGCGUGCACGGGCCACCAGCUGCGUCUCGAAAGCAGAGGUGUUCUGCCCCGAGUGCCGUUCGCCUCUGCACUGGCCAGAGCUCAAUGUUUUGCAUUCGUCGCUGUUGUGCCGCGACACCGAGCGGCUUCGUGCGGUGGUGGCUGCAGAGAAGCCCGAGGAGAAGAUUGAGGACGAGGAGCUCGAGGCCCGUCAGUGCUGCUUCCAAAGGAGGAGGCGCAGCCGAUGA